UGACCGCCAGCAUGAGGCCCCUGCUGCUGCUUCUUCUUCUUCUUCUUCCACUGCUCGCCGUGCCGGCCCGCGCCGAGCACUUCCUCCCUCUGGACUGUGGCGCCAUCCACGGGCGCAACGCCAGCGGCCCCAGCGGCGUGUACGCCAUCUACCCGGCGGGGCCCUUGUCCCCGCUGCGCGUCUACUGCGACAUGGAGAGCGGCGGCGGGGGCUGGACGGUCUUCCAGCGCCGGCUCGACGGCUCGGUCAAUUUCUUCCGGCCGUGGGACGCCUACCGGGCCGGGUUCGGCAGCGCCGACGGCGAAUUCUGGCUGGGCCUGGAAAACGUGCUGCUGCUGACCAUGCGGACGCAGAACGAGCUGCGCGUCGACAUGGAGGACUGGGCGGGGAACCGGGCGCACGCCCACUACGCCACCUUCUCGCUCGAGGCCGAGGCGGCCGGCUACGAGCUCACCCUGGGGCAAUUUAUGGACGGGGAAGCGGGGGAUGCUAUGAAGAGCCAUAAUGGCAUGAAGUUCACAACCUUUGACAAGGACCAGGACCUCUGGGAGAAGAACUGUGCAGCCAACUUCAUGGGUGCAUUCUGGUACAACAGCUGCCACACAGCAAACCCUAAUGGUUUAUAUAUACCAAAAUCCGAUUCACCACAUGGAUCAGUGUACAACAGCUGGAAAACCUGGAAAGGGAAUGGGUACUCUUUGAAAAGCAUCUCCAUGAAGAUGAGACCCGUAUCUCACUGUUCUCACUCAACUGACAGAAAGGUUUAGCCUGGGUGCAGCCGAACUUUAGCCCAAAGGUUGGCCUGUAUCAUACUGUACCUGUUGAUUUACAGCAUAAUUGUUCAGACAUGGUUGGUGAAACUUUUUUAAGUAUCAAAAUAAAUGUGUUGUGUGUGUGUAAA